CGAUUCAGAUCCGCAGGCACCACGACUACUCCCCCCCUCCCCCCCCGUUACUUCCAAACCCGACUGCCAGGCUCGCUUGUGCCCCACGCGACCGACGACAAAAAAAGACGCCCUUAAACGCCUAUCUGCACGCACGUCGGCACCCGCAUUUCAGCACUAAGACGUCCUGCCAGUCGCCGCAUCCCCCGUCAUCGAUCGUCAUUGCCCGCCUUGACCAAGCCCCCCCAUUCAAUGCCGGCAUUCCUGAACCGUGUGUUCAAAAGGGACGCAAACGCGAAGAGGUCACAGAAUCAAACUCCUGUUCCCGAUCAACCAUCGGUUCCCAAAUGGACCGAUGGAUGGCUGAGGACGGAGGUGUCGCCGAUCGAGGUCCAGGAGCUGCUGCGCGUGUGUACUGCUGAAGUGAAAUCGAGGGGCUUGUCGACUCCCUUCCUCCUCCUGCCAUAUCGCCCCAACACCGACCCGUGCGCCGCUCGAUCGUUCAUCCGCAAUUUCUUCAGCCCGACAAAUGGCCAGCUUACGGGCCCCUACCUGCAACAGGAGUUACGACUCACCGAUCCCGACGUUCUCUGCAGCGCUUUGAAAUGGUGCUGGAGCAGGCUGCCGGGAGGUGUAGUCACGUGGGAGGUGUAUGAGAUGUUCCGUCAGGGCGAAGUUGAUUCGAGCAUGGCUCGAGACUCUUUCGCCACAUUCAUCCCGAUCAGUGCCGAGUCCGAGGCCCGGUCCAAUAUAAUCUUUGAUUACUUCGACCUACUCUCAGCCGUCGCCGCCAAUGGCAAGCACAACGGUCUGGGUGGACUCAAACUGUCGAGGUUGGCGGGUUGGUGGGCCUUCGAGCACACUGAUACGGGUUAUGGAUUCGAGGGCGGUUACACUUCAUGGACGAGCGCCGCGGAUGCAACCUGUCAUCUUUUCUUUGCCUAUAUGAGGUCGCUUUCGCCUGCAGAUCCCAGCAGAAGUGUUUCAUUGUUGCCAACCUCGCUGAGAGCGCUGCUUGCGUCCGUGGACUACCCACCCGUGACACCCCAACAGUUGCAGACCCGCACAGUGAGAGUCGUCAUAACCGUCGACAAAGUCUCGCCCUCUCCCUUUGCGUUGCUGAGGAGGGCCAAGAAUCUCCAUUACAAUCACAGCGAUCGUGCAUUGAAGGUGUUCACCGAUUUCGACGACCCCAUCCGAGCUCUUACGGACGAGUGCAGACGUGUGUUGAAAUGCAUCUCCGCGUCUAGUCACGGUCAAUCUUCCGCCAGCAGAGCAUCGAACGGGCUUCAGGAUCAGUCCUGGUCCAGGUUCCAGGACCUGGGAUUCGCUGGACUGACGGAGGCCGAGUCCGAGGACUCGGAGGAUGAUGCUCUCCACUCGGAAACAUUCAGCCGUCGCAUUUCGUCCCAAUCUCACCAGCCACCAGCCACGACACCAUCUAGUCCCCUCGAGAGAGAGGAAUUCGCCGAGGUUGCGCGGCCGAUGACUCCAUCGUGGGCAGACUUCAUGGAUGCUGGCUUUGGCGAUCGCGAGAUCAGCAAUGCUCCAGCUCCGCAUCUCCUGCCUCCGGACAAGGUCCUCCCGCCCAUCGACACUGCGGAUCGUCUCAAGAGCUCGCAGUCGAACCGGAGGAUGCAGAUUCUGGAGCCUGGCGAGUUGGAAAGCAUCACCCCGAUGUCGGUUGAUGACGUGUUUUGGUGGGUUUGGAUGUCGAGUUUGGCCGGAGAGGAGACUGCGCUCCGAAAAGCCGUUUUUGGUCGUUGCGCGCUGGUCGAGACUACGGUGCAAGGUGCCAAGUGGUUGGUGGUUGAGGAGAAAAUCCGCGGCGCCGCAACAAUGGCGGAGGCUCCUGUGGUGACCAAGAAGGAUAGGAAAUGGACCAAGAGGACUAGGCUGAGGAGGAAGUCGCUCAGCACACCCGAAGUGCCUACCCAGCAGUCACUAAAACCUUUCAAUGCAUCGCUGCACACCUCGAGCAGAACCAACAUCGGCCCGGACCAGACGGCGAAGAUUCAGGCAGCGGCUGCAGCUCUACGACAGCAACAGUCGGAUGCAGAGUUUUCGCACUUGAGGCGUAAUAGGCCGCGCGAACAUGCGACAGAUGCGAAGACCAACAGCGUGUUUACCCUGCAACCAGUCAUCAUGUCCGAAGCCACGCCGGCCAUGAAGUGGGCGAACCGAUACGAUCGUGACAACCUGCGAGAUGCAUACAUCAAGGGUGUCCCGCCACCAGAGAAGAAGCCUCAGGUCGACACGGACCGGGCUCUCCCUGCCCUUCCGAGGGAAGAAACCGCUCCUGUGGCUAAACCGCAGGCGGAGACCUCCCUGCCUGCACCGGCGCCUGCAUCUUCGACGACAUCCAUUCCGGUGAAGAGCAUGAUCGCGCCCAUCGAGGCUGAGCCCCCUCGGAAAUUGGCUGCUCCUGCGAACAUUACUAUCGCACCUGGCACCGCCGUCGCUCCACCUGCCAACAGUGGACGCUCGUCUCCCGCCAUCAACAAACGAAUGUCCAUGAGUCCCACCCCGGUGCAUCCUGUGGCCCCCACAUCCGAUAAGUCGAACAAGAAGGUCUCCCGCCUUCGAGCUAUGUUUGGCAUGAAGGCGGAGGGAACCGUCCUGUCUCCGUUGGGGGCCCCGGCUUCACAGCAGCUCGCAGUUCCAGUGGCGGAGGUCGGCCGCAAGAACUCCCUGAGAAGGAGCCGUUCCCCUGUUGAGUCUAAGACGCCACAGGCCUCGGCCCCCCCGACUCCCGAGCCAAAGAUGUCGUCAGAACAGGAGCCAUCGAUGAAGGAGACUGCACCCGCGUACCCUGCCCCGCCCGUCGAAGAACACCCAGCCCUCUCAAAAAAUGCCUUCGCAUCUUUCGACCAGGGUCCUCUCGACGAGCCCGCGUUCGUUCCUGACGAUUCCCCCGAUGACUCCGACAUCGGUGACUCUAUCCACCCCGCUAUGAUCAACGACGACGAAGCGGUUUCGGACAUGUCGGCCCCCGGCUCCCCCGAGCCAAUCCAGGACCGCUGGGCGCAGAUCAGGAAGAACGCGGCGGAUAGGGCCAAGGCGCAGGCCAAGGUGCAGGAUGACUCUGCCACCACCACUACCACCACCACAAACACCGAUACCCGAGCAAGCAUGGAUGAAGGCGAGACCAGUGGAGAGGAGACAAUUGAGUCGAGAGUUGCCAGGAUCAAGGCUCGUGUGGCCCAGUUGACCGCUGAGGGUGCCACCCACCGUGCUUGAGAGAGUGAGUAGUCUACGUUGUAAUGGAAAGGGGAUUUACGUUUGAUUUUCCCUGGGGAGGGGGAGCGGAGGGAGGACGGGAGGUGAUACUAUUCUUUACUUCUUUUACUCUACAUACGAUACUCUAUCACUCUAUAUUCCGACCACAUAUUUCCCUAUUGCUUUCCUCAUAUUUCUAAAAUUUUAACGUUUUCUCUUCCGCCCGGAAUUGUGGUUUUAAUUUUGGUUUCCUCAUCCCCAU